GACACAUGGUAUUUCAUCAGAUCCGGACUGUGCGGCGAAAUGACAUGCCUGUGGAUACUAGUCCAGGUUUAUGAGGUUUUUAAGGUACUGGUUUGUUGAGUUGCUCAGAUCCAGAGGCGCCCACAGCUCAGCCGUCGUUCGUCCACACGGAACAGAAAUGUGUAAAGAGCUGAAAACCAAAGUGCUGCGUUUACUGCCGCCGACCUCCAAUGGACCGAGUGUCCAGCAUGAGGGCCACCCAGAUGGUGCUGAAGUCCUGAGGCACACUGUGAAGGCUCUGAAGGAGGGCCAUGUGGUCGCCGUGCCAACCGACACCAUCUACGGCCUUGCAUGUCUGGCUCAAAACUCCGAGGCUGUCGCGAAAACUUACGACAUCAAGGGACGAAACUCACAGAAACCACUGGCCAUCUGCGUGGGAGAAGUCCAGGAAAUCUAUAAGUACUGUAAAGUGAAAGUGAAGGAGGAGCUGUUGAACGACCUGCUACCGGGUCCCGUCACGUUGGUGUUUGAAAGAUCCGAAGUCCUCAACGCAGACCUCAACCCGUUCACUUCACUCGUAGGCGUCCGUAUCCCAGACCACCCCUUCAUGCGACGCCUCUGUCAGAUGUGCGGGGAGCCACUAGCACUAACCAGUGCCAACAUCAGCUCCCACACCAGCACUGUGGCCGUGCAUGAGUUUGAGGAGCUCUGGCCCAAACUGUCAGUGGUGGUGGAUGGAGGACCAAUAGGAGACCAGAGCCGUCUCGGGUCAACAGUGGUCGACCUGUCUGCACUCGGAAAAUACAGAAUCAUCAGAGCCGGCUGUGCCCUUUCCUCUACAGUUGACGUGCUGAACCGCAAAUAUGGGCUGUCAGAAGAACCGGGGGAGGACUGACCUUUGAACUCCGUCGCACCGCACGCUGAGACGCACAACGGGCCCCAACCAGGAAGAAGACAAAUCUGUCAACUCUUUUUUUGUCGUCUUGCCUGGUUGACGUAGAUUUACCUUGAAUGACUCAGGAACGACUCUGGUCUUAAACCUGUUAGUUUUUUCUGCCUUACUGAGGGGCUUGUUUUAUGGAUUUCUGUAAAUUAAUUUCUGUACUAUUUUAGUUUUGGAAGCCAACUAUUGGAUUAUGGAAUUUUAUGCACAAAAUAAAUAUUGUUUUUUUUUAACUUUACAAAGAACACAGUGGUUGGAGUUUUCUGAAACACCUAUUUAUUUUAUCAGCAUGUCUAGUGGUUAAAUGUAAUGUAUAUUAUUUUACUUUAAACCAGAUAUACUGGGGCUCAAACAGUCCCUUUUCUACUUUUUUUUUCUUUCUUUAUGGACCAGAUGCAUGUACCGUAUACAUUUUAGAUAAAACAUAUUUAAAGGCCAAAUCUUAUCCGCUGUAAACAAAUGGAUGGAUUAUACAACCUUGUCACAACUGCAAUAAAAGCCUCAUACUUUUUUAUCACCCGUGUUCUUGACGCAUAAAAAGCCAUGCGAGACAUUACUCCCUCUUUAGUUUUAGCUGUCUGAGUUUUCCUCAUAAUUGAUUCUUAAUGGUGCGUGAAAUCAAAAGUCAGAUCUCAAGCGUUUUAAAAACACUCGCACUAACCACGUCGAAGCGUUCUUCAUGUGGAAAUCAAUCCCAAGACGCAUUAAGGAGAAAUACUUUUAUUCUCAAAAAGCUGGUCUGAAAGUACCUUUUACUCCGACAGCAGGCGUUCAUUUAAUUUAAAUCUACACAAAUCCAUAGCAGAGUGCUGAGAGUUUUUUUUUUUCCCCCCACUUGAACUAAUGCAAAACACUGAUCCCUGACUAAACGGAGAUUACAUUUCUGUUCCUGCAGUCAAAGAAGUGAAGUAUGCACACUUUGUAUGAAGACAUUUCCACCUAAUCUGAACAUAUAUUCGUGUUGUAUGUU